AUGGCGAACUUCAGCCCACGUCCCGACACUCGCAACAUGAGGAAUCUCUUUUUCAGUUUCCUGAGAUCUGUGGCAGACGGGGGUCGGAGCACACCGGUCCACUCGGUGCAGAAGGGGGCGCCCACUAUACAACUGCCGCCUGCCAAUGAUCUGGAAAACGAUGCUCUGAGUUUCGUGGAGCACUUCGGCCUGGACGAAGAAUGCUUCCGGCAGCUGCUAGCACAGCCGCCAGACAUUGCCCGCUCCGUCAUGGCUGGAUUUCAGCCGCGGCAAGAUACGCAGAACCCGCAGGGCCUCUUCAUUUCUUAUUUGAGAUCAGUUGCAGCAGCCUCCAAGGGCUCCAAAGGCGGAGCCAAAGGCGGCGCCAAAGGAAGCGCCAAAGGCAGCGCACUAAGUCCCAUAGGAGCCUUCGGCUCUUGGCCCAGAAGCACUCAGCCCAUCGCGGUCAGAGCUGCGCCCUACGACAGGCCUCCAGCACCUCAGGCACAAGGCAAAGGCCCUCGCGGCGUGCCGAGGGCUUUCGUCACCUCAGUCUCAGAGGAGGAGCUGUUGGACUUCGCACUGGCUUGGCAGCUUGAUCAGGGCUGCCUGGACUUCCUCCAGACACAGGAUGCAGAGACCCAGCGCUUCGUGGUCAACAACUUCCAACCCAAAGAAGGUACUGCCAACGUCAGUGGUCUUUUCAUGAGCUAUGUGAACUCCUUGGUAAGGGCUGGCAAGGGCGGCAAGGGUAUGCAUGAAUUCUACAGAGAUGCCGCUAAUGUGGCCCGCGCAGCGGUGCUCGCUGCGCCGUUGUUUCUAGAGCACUGGAUCCGCCUCGCCAUUGUACUCUCACAUCCCGCACUUGAAAUGCCUCGGGAAGCUGGGAUGCUUGUCAGACAGGCAAUGCUCCUGAACGACACGCACUACUGCUUGCGAGGCCUGGAGCGAAUGCUGUUGCCGAGCAUCCGCGAAGCAGGCACCUGGCGGCCUCCGGAGACCAACCUCCUGGAGCGAGCCCUUGGAGGGGCCAAUGCCACAAGGCGGGCAACUUCAACCAGCAGAGAGGCUGUCCUCUGGGGGCGCAUGAUGCGACGCGCGCAGCGGCGCUGUGGCUCCCCUGAGGCAGCGGCCAGCAAAGAAGGCUUCAAGUCAUGGAUGCUCUACGAGGCGCUUCUUCGCAGAAGAGGCUUCUGGGGUGCCGACUUGUAUGCCGCGGACUUCGAGCACAAAGCGCCUUCCGCGAGGGAGCUCCUGUCGGAGGAUUGGCUCAGGGAGCAGGAGGCUGCAACCUACGAGGGCGGGCGGGACCUGGUCGCGGGGCACAUGCAGACGUUGGCAUUCAGCUACUCUUCUGUGUACCGGACGAUGGUCGUGUCAGGAACCGCGAUGGCAGCAAAAAGGGUGCUGCCAACUUCUGUGACGAGACUUGAUUCCACUACAGCAGAGAACGUGGCUCGCAGAGCAUCCGAGCAUACCUUCAAUCGGCCAUGGGAGCGCCUUGAAGAGUGCUCUCGAUGCUCUCAAAGGCCACAGCAUGCUGCUGAGCGCUUGCCAUUGGGGAAGGCAGCUCCGGUCAAGGUGUUUCUGAUGGUCACAAACGCUGAGCGGAAUCGCGCAGAGAUCGCUUCUUUGCGGCAUGAGAUCUCCUCGUUGCUGCAGACCAAUGGCCAGUUGCACCAGCAUCUGGGACAACUGAACAGUUUUCUGCCCGAUUCAUCCGUCGCAGCAAACUCGCAAGGAGGUGCAUCUGCUGAGGCGAAUCUUCGACGCUCGUGGGAUAACUCAGAGGCGCCAAGGCCGUGUGGUCACAUGCGCUCGGACCCAGGCGCCAGUUGUCUGAGCUCCCCACGUGGUGCUGCAGCACUUGCUUCACUGCUGCGCGAGCGUGACGACCUGCAGCAGCGGUUGCAGGUCACGGAGCUUGCGCGGUGUGCUGCCCAGCAGCGCCGAGCCACCGCAGAGGCCGCCCUGCGCCGUUGUACGGAAGACUUGGAGUGGCAGCGCAAGCGCAUCGCUGCACAAGAAGCUGGAGAAGAUCAGCCUUUCGGCGAAGCCGAGCUGCUUCGAAAACAACUUCGAGAGGCCCAGGACAAGAUUGCAGAGCUUGAUGUUAUCCUCUCUGCCAGGAGUGAGCGAGUACGUGCGAACGAGCGGGAUUAUGCCGAAGCGCGGGUGGAGUUUGACGCCCUCUCCGUUGCCAAUGAUGCAAUACAGAAAGAGCUCGAGGCCACUCGCAGCCGCAUCGCCUCGGAGCAGCAAGGCUGCCAGGCAGCAGAGUCGGAGCUCUCCGAGUUCCAGGCGCGGAUGCGUGCUGAGGAAGUGGAGUUUGCGGCAGAGGUGGAGACGCUGGGUUCGCGCCGCAGCAGCUUGGAGACAUCGCUGCGGGAGUCUUCUGCAAAUUUGGCGGACAUGGAAGCCGAAGUUUCUGCUGCCCGUGCUCAAAGUUUGGGCCUGCGCGCACAGUUGGAGGUGCUACAAGCUGCACGAGAUGAGAUUGUGUCACAAGAGCAUCAGGCGACUGUCCAGCAGCGGGCAGAGGUGGAGCGCCUGGAGGCGAAGGCCGAGUCCCUUGCCGCCGAGGCGCUGGACCUUUCUCACCGGCACGAGCAAGCCAAGGUUUCCUUUCAG